CUCUUUUUCCUUAAUUAUACCUUUGCUUCUUUUUUUCUAUAUAUGCAGACCAACACAGCUACCUCGCCCUUGCAUCAUUGUCCUUUCUUUGCAUAACUCGCUUCAACUCACCACCUUCAUUAAAACCCUAGCACCAAGAACAACAAGAAAAAUCAUAGAAAACAAAGGAAAAAGAGCCAAAUAAUUAUGGGUAGACCACCAUGCUGUGAUAAGAUUGGUAUGAAGAAAGGGCCAUGGACUCCUGAAGAAGAUAUUCUGUUGGUUUCUUAUAUUCAAGAGCAUGGUCCUGGUAAUUGGAGAGCUGUGCCCACUAACACAGGUUUGCUAAGAUGCAGUAAAAGUUGCAGGCUUAGAUGGACUAAUUACCUCAGACCAGGCAUCAAACGUGGUAAUUUUACUGAUCAUGAGGAGAAAAUGAUUAUUCACCUCCAAGCCCUUUUAGGCAACAGAUGGGCAGCCAUAGCUUCAUAUCUUCCACAAAGAACAGAUAAUGACAUUAAAAACUAUUGGAAUACACAUUUGAAGAAGAAGCUAAAAAAGCUUGAAUCAGGAUCAUCCCAUGACCAUAAUGAAGCUGCAAAUCAAUCAAAAAAUCAAGAACCAUCUACACCAAUUAUCAGUAGAGGUCAAUGGGAAAGAAGGCUUCAAACUGAUAUUCACACGGCCAGAAAAGCACUCUACGAAGCUUUAUCUCCAGAGAAAUUACAAAGCAACAAAAAUAUUAAUGAUGAUCAGUUCAUGAAUCUUUCAACUGAAAAACCAGAAUCAAGUGGUUCUAUUUAUGCAUCGAGCACUGAAAAUAUUGCCAAAUUGCUUCAAGGGUGGAUGAAAACUGGGCCUAAUAAGAUAUUAAAAAGUGAACAAGGAUUUAUCAGCGAUUUAAUGGCUCCUACUGAUUCAUUUUCAUCAAGUGAUCAAGAAUUAAAGGCAGAUGAUCAUGGGGUUGAAUUAGCAGAGACGUUUGAAUCAUUGUUUGGUUUUGAGUCAUUUGAUUCUUCAAAUUCUGAUUCUAUGUCACCACCUGAUCAUCAACAUGAAAGCAAGCCAAAUUCUAUGCCACCACUUUCAGUUCUUGAGAAAUGGCUUCUUGAUGAGGGAGCAAAUCAAGUGAUCUCAUUGGAUGAUCAAACUAUUUUUCAUUAGGGGAUUUAUGGUGUCCGCUAUGAGAAUUUAGAAACCCGAUGUUUGGAAAGGGAUCCGGAAUGGAAUGGUUUCGAAUAUUGAUUCAUUAGUGACAAGAUUUCUUCCACUUUUGAAUUACCGAAACAAAAACUUUAUGUGAGAGUCGAAACCCCAAGAUUGGAUUUCGUAUUCAAAUGAACCAUGUAAUCGUAAAAAAGUAGAUUUUUUAGCUAUGGGUCUAGCAAAAGAAAAAUUUGAUUAUUUAAUUAAUUAGUAGAUUAAUUAAUAUGCUACUAAUUAAUUAUUAACUUUUUUUUGGGUAUUUUAGAAAACCUUUUUGGUAGUGUUAGGUUCUCACUCCAAUAGUGCUAGAACGUACACACAACGUGUAAAUCUCAAUUUACUUAAUGUUGUCUAAUGAGAAUAAUGACUCCUUUCUUCA